ACUGUCAAAGCCACUUAUCAGGCAGUUCUCAAAAAUGGCUGGUAAAAAAAGGAAAAACUCAAAUGGUGGAAACUCUGGAAGUGGCGAUGAUAAAGACAAGGAAAUCAGUAUUGAACAAAUGUAUCAGAAGAAAUCGCCAGAAGAACACAUUUUACUGAGACCUGAUUCUUAUAUAGGAUCUGUGGAACCAGUCACAGAAACAAUGUGGGUGUAUGACCCUGGAACUAAAGCGAUGACACAGAAAGAAAUCACUUAUGUCCCUGGCUUGUACAAAAUCUUUGAUGAGAUUCUGGUAAAUGCUGCUGAUAACAAACAGCGAGAUCCUAAAACAAAUUGUAUCAAAAUAGAUAUAGAUGCUAAGAAAAAUAUGGUUUCAAUAUGGAAUAACGGUAGGGGGAUCCCUGUGGUGGUGCAUAAAAGCGAGAAAAUGUACGUUCCAACGUUAAUCUUUGGACAUCUCCUUACAUCCUCUAACUACAAUGAUGAGGAGCAGAAAGUAACGGGUGGAAGGAAUGGCUUUGGAGCAAAACUGUGCAAUAUUUUCAGCUCAGAGUUUACUGUUGAAACUUGCAGCUCUGAGUAUAAACUGUGUUUUAAACAAACAUGGAAAAAUAACAUGUCAGUGGAAACAGAACCUAUAAUAACGCCAAGUGCAGACGAAGAAUACACCAAAGUAACAUUUUAUCCAGAUCUUCGCAAAUUCAAAAUGAACAAAUUGGAUGAAGGGAUUCUAGAUUUGAUGAAGAGAAGAGCUUACGAUGUUGCAGCUUCAACUAACGGAGUUCAAGUGUAUCUAAAUAAAAAUCUUAUUCCUGUGACAAAUUUUAAAGAUUACGUUCAGUUGUUUGUAAAGACAAAAAAAGAUUUAAACGACAACCAAGCAAAGAUAGUUUAUGAGAGAGUCAAUGAUCGAUGGGAGGUUGCUAUGGCUGUGUCUCCUGAUGGAUUUCGCCACAUGAGUUUUGUCAACAGCAUCGCAACCACCAAAGGUGGUCGUCACGUAGAUCUUGUAGCUGAACUGAUCACCAAACAGCUCAUGGAAGUUUUCAAACAGAAGAAAAGAGGAGUAGAUGUGAAGCCUUACCAAAUCAAAAACCACAUGUGGCUGUUUAUCAACUGUCUUAUUGUUAACCCGACAUUUGAUUCCCAAACAAAAGAAACCAUGACACUUCAACCCAAAAGUUUUGGCUCUAAGUGUAGUCUUUCUUCAAAGUUCAUCAAAGAAAUUACCAAGUCCGGUAUUAUUGAAACUGUUCAAUCUUGGGCUAAAUUCGAGCAGGAAAGUCAACUUGAGAGGGCUUUGAGUGGUAAAAAACAGAACAAACUGAAAGGAAUACCCAAACUAGAAGAUGCAAAUGAUGCAGGAACAAGCAAGUCACUGGAUUGCACUUUGAUAUUGACAGAAGGAGAUUCAGCCAAAUCCCUAGCUGUUUCAGGUCUUGGAGUCAUUGGAAGAGAUAAAUACGGUGUAUUUCCCCUCAGAGGCAAGUUGCUCAAUGUACGAGAAGCUACUCACAAGCAAAUACUGGAAAAUGAAGAAAUAAACAACAUUAUUAAAAUUACUGGUUUGCAAUACAAAAAGGUUUACAAGACAGUCGAUGAUUUGAGGAGUUUAAGGUAUGGUAAAUUAAUGAUAAUGACGGAUCAAGACCAAGAUGGUUCCCACAUUAAAGGAUUGAUAAUCAAUUUUAUCCAUUCCAAUUGGCCAUCAUUAUUAAAGCUUCAAUUCCUCGAAGAAUUCAUCACCCCAAUCCUCAAGGCCUCAAAAGGAACACAAACUUUGUCUUUUUAUUCAUUAGCUGAAUUCGAUGAGUGGAAAAAGGGUGUAAAAAAUUUACACCUAUAUAAGGUUAAGUAUUAUAAAGGAUUAGGUACAUCUACAUCAAAAGAAGCCAAAGAAUAUUUCUCAGAUUUGGGACGUCAUCGAAUAAUGUUCAGAUACGGAGGUGUCAAUGAUGAUAAACAAAUUGAAAUGGCUUUCAGCAAAAAAAUGGUGGAAGCUCGGAAAGAGUGGCUCACUGACUGGAUGGCAAGAAGCAAAAAGAGAACAGAAGAUGGUAUUCCAGAAGACUAUUUGUAUACUAAAACAGUUAAGGAUGUUACGUAUGAAGAUUUUGUCAACAAAGAACUUGUACUAUUCAGCAAUCUUGACAAUGAAAGGUCUAUUCCCAAUUUAGUCGAUGGGUUGAAGCCUGGGUCCAGAAAGGUUCUUUUCACAUGUUUGAAACGCAGUGACAAGCGUGAAAUCAAAGUAGCACAACUGGCGGGUUCUGUUGCUGAACAAUCUGCUUACCAUCACGGCGAAGUGUCUCUCAUGCUAACUAUCGUCAACUUGGCCCAGAACUUUGUCGGGAGUAAUAACAUAAACUUGCUUCAACCUAUAGGUCAGUUUGGUACAAGACUACAAGGAGGAAAAGAUGCUGCUAGCCCUAGAUACAUAUUCACAAUGAUGAGUCCUUUAACCAGACUGAUUUUUCACCCACAUGAUGAUCCCCUCCUUACUUAUUUAAAAGAAGACAAUCAAAGCAUUGAGCCAAUGUUUUAUGUCCCUGUGAUUCCGAUAGUGUUGGUGAAUGGUGCAAGUGGUAUCGGAACAGGUUGGAUGACUAAAAUACCUAACUAUAAUCCUAGAGAUAUCGUCACAGCUAUUAGGAAUAUGAUGGAUGGAAAGGAGCCAACUAAGCUAAUACCUUGGUACAAAGAUUUUCAAGGAAAUAUCAAAGUUUUUACUAAAGAUAGUUAUAUCUGCACGGGUAAUAUAUCUGUAGUAAAACCUGAUACAGUGGAGAUCACCGAACUGCCUGUUGGUACAUGGACUCAGGCUUAUAAAGAGUCAGUGCUGGAAGUAAUGCUGAACGGAGAUGGUGAUAAGAAACCAUCCAUUAUCAAUAGCUACAAGGAAUAUAACACAGACACAUCGGUGCGGUUUGUAAUCAAACUAUCACCUGAAAAACUCAAGGAACUGAACUACAGUGAAGGGCUACACAAAUUCUUUAAGCUGCAGUCCAACAUAACCAUCUCAAGUAUGUGCCUUUUUGAUCGUAACAGUGUUCUGAAGAGAUACGAUAAUGUAAAAACCAUUUUAAAAGAGUUUUUCGCAAUUCGUUUGGAAUACUAUGAGAAAAGAAAAGCAUACCUGACCAGUCUAUUGGAUGCUGAAGCAAAAAAACUUAUUAAUCAAGCGAGGUUUGUUACUGAGAAAUGCAAUGGAAAUCUUACAAUAGAAAAUAAAAAUAGGAAAGCAAUAAUUGAUGAAUUGAUUGAGAGGGGAUACGACUCAGAUCCCGUUAAGUCUUGGAAAUUAUCGCAAGAUAAUAAGGCGAUUUCGACAGAUAAUGAGGAAAGUGGACCAAACUUUGAAUAUCUCCUUGGCAUGAGCUUAUGGUCAUUAUCAAAAGAAAGGAACAAUGAAUUGUUGAAGGACUGUGACCAGAAGAAAGUUGAACUUGCAGCCCUUGAAGAAAAAUCAGCAAAGGAUAUCUGGAAAGAAGACCUUGAUGCUAUAUGGAACAAAUUAGACGAAAUAGAAGGCAACAGUAGAAAAACGAAUGACAAACAAACAAAACAACACACAUAAAUUAAAAAAUAAAACAUACAUGUAACUGCCCCCAGACACAAGCAAACUAGGUAUCAGUACUUUUGGUCCUAUCUGUUUAAGAUGAAUCUUAAUUGAGGUGAAGGAUACUUAAACGCUCCUCACUAAUCCUAAAUAUGGAUACAACGAUAAAUAAAUUUGAAUAAGUCAGUAUAGCUUGCCGUCUCAACGCCAAACUAAUGAUUGAAAUGAGUAUUAUAGUUUUUUAUCAGCUGUUUAAAACUUGAUCCUUCACGUUAGUAUUUUUUCGUUCAUAAUUAAUUUAUUGUAUGGAUUUAAAUCGCCAAUUCUGAAGCUUCGGUCCAUAAAAUAAUGGUACUUAAAAUGCUCUCUAGGCUUAUUGAAAAAGUACUUAUUACUGUAAAUUAUUAUUAAGGCCUUUAUUAAAUGUUUUUGUGAAACUAAGCAUUUAAAAUACAGUGUCAAUAACGUUUAAAUUAAAAUCAGUUACAUAUGAGAAAUUAUCAUUGAGAUUUGUACCAAAUCAAAGUUACCAGUAUUCAUGGAACAUUUCCAUGUCAAAUUGUACAUACGUUUUGUAAAAGUAGUAAAAUUUGUACUUUUGUAGUGUACGAAUAAAUAGUUAGUGUUUUAAAUCCCCCCACAUUACAAGAAAAUCCCCAUUAGUAUAUAGCCUUCCAUUUGAAAUAUUAUUCAAGAGGCUUGUCAAUUCAAUCAAACUAUGUUUACUGGUCUCCAUAGGAAUGAAUAUAAUGAAGUUAAAAAUCAUCCUUGAACUACUUGGUCUAAAUAAAAUUAUUUACACAGUAUUUCAGUCCAAAUAUUAUUGUUUAACUGGUCUAUAAUUUUGAACACAGU